AUGCAAAGAAAUCCUCAAUACCAAUCAGACAGAGACAAGAAAUAUCACCAUCUUGUUUCGAAUGCAUUUGAUUUUGAAACCUCACUAAUUUCACUACCAACCAUCUCAGCAAACUCUUGCAAAUAUUCCACCUCCUUUUUGCAGAAAAAUACAGUGGAAAAAUUGAAAGAAAUUGGAAAGAAGGAACAUAUCAAAUUAAGUAAGCUCACUAAGGAUGAAAUCAUCCAGAAGAUUCAAUUUAUUUGCAACUCCACAAAUGUCAAAUCACUUCAACUACAUGCUUUGCAUUCGUUUGAUCAGAAUCAAUUUAAUGCUACCUCUGCUAUCCAUCAUGACCAUUAUAGACGUACUUUUACUCUUGUCGACAUUCAAGAUAAGUACCAUUAUAAGGCUAGAUAUGCCUAUAUCAUCACUGAGUGGAGAACCAAAUUGAUGAUCAGUUUAUUGAAUGAUUUUUUUUAUAACUUGUUCGCUAUUAUGAAUGAAACUGUUCGAAUCAAGUAUUCAGACUUUAGAAAACUGCUGGCCGAAACCUUUCUCUCUAUGGGAAAGAAACUUCGCGCCAAAAAAUAA